UUUUUUUUUCCCACUUAUUUGUUUUUCUCAUAAAAAUAAGCCGUCAAAGAUAUAUACAGACAACAAGGGCCUGAAUGUUUGAGCUUUGCACAUGUGCUUUUUGCAGAGUAAAUGUCGUACUCUCUUUCACCUAUCCUCAGCACUGGCAAGGCAGUAGCCCCGUGCCCAAUUUCUCCUCCAUUCAGACUUGUCUCUCUCUACCCCUGAUUUUCUCUCCUGCAACGCUAGCCUAUCUCUCAAGUAAACUUAUCCAUAAUGUCCCAAAAGAGUAAAAUGAACAACAGCAGCUAUGCUGCCGUCGCGGCUGCUCCUCCUCACGAGCCCACUCACCACGAGCAUUCCAUUCCUGCUCACCAUGAGAAUUCCACUCCUGUUCACCACGAGCAUUCCGCUCCUGCCCAUCAGGCUUCCAGCACGGAGUCCUCGGAUGUUGAGGGGGAGGAUCACUCUACUUCGAGCUCCUCUGUUGACGAGGACAUGAAGGAACAGAACGGCCAUGCUGGCUCACAAAAAGAGUCUGUAAGCUUCAUUUCCAGGGUGACCUCCAUCCCUUUGAUCCAUGAUAGUGUCUCCACUCUGCACUCCUAUGCUAAGGAUAACAAAUAUGGUCGCUACGCUCUUGACACCGCUGGAUCCGCUGUUGAGACUGUCAACAAGUACACAGAAAACUAUCAAAAGACUUUGCAGCCUCGUCUGCAGCCCCAUAUCGCUAAGGUGGAUCAGCUUGCCUCCAAGUCAUUAGACAUCAUUGAAGGGACUUUCCCCAUCGUCACAAAGCCUACUUCCGAGAUUGUCACUCAGGUGAAGAAGCCUUAUGUGUAUGUUGAAGAAUCCUCCAAGAAUGCCUAUACCCAGAUCCAGUCGACUAUCGAUGCCCGUGUUACUACCCCUGUCAAGUCUGUGACUUCCAGCAUUGCCUCGACGGCCGCUUCGACCCGCGACCAGAUCACUGCUACAGCUACUUCCACUCGCAAUCAAAUCACCACUGUGGCUACGACAACCGCUACAAACAUUGCUACCAAGGUCAACACCCAUGCUACACCUUUAGUUAAUGGCCUUGAGAACAUCGUCGACCGUGUCUUGCCACCGGCUGAAGCUGACGAUGAGAAGACGCCUGCUGCUCAAACGAACCAGGCCACUCGUGUCGUUGACAUUGGUCGUGCAGUCUCUGUCCGUGUCAGCCGUCGUGUUAGCAUUGCUGUCGCUCCCGUCACGAAAUCUGCUCAGGACUUGCGCACCGCUGCUGAGAAGAAUACUGUUGUGGUCAAGUCCAAGGACCAGCUCCACGCCUUGAACACUCGUCUGACAUCGCUCCUCGAGUCUCUCCGUCUCCACAGCAAGGAGCUUCAGGAGAAUGUCCAAAAAGCGCCUCAUGAGGCUACCACCUUUCUCCAUACUCGAGUCACCGAGGUGAGCCACAGGGUUCUCUCAGAUAUUGAUUCACUCUCCAGCUAUUUGAAGCAGCACGGCCCCGCUCUCCCCGAGUCUGUCCAGAUCCGCAUCCAACCAUUAGUCGACUUUGUCAGCGAACGCUACGUUGUUGUUCGCACCGAGAUUGCCAAAAAGGAUCUCUCUGCUGUUCAGAAGGCCCGCAACAUCCUCCACAUGACCACUGAGGAGACUCUCCCUAUCCUUCAGAACGCUGCUAAAGAUGUCCAUGAGACCUUGCUCGGUUAUCAGAUUAAAGUCCAAGAGGGUGUCCACAGAGGCAUCGUUAAGGUCCAAGAGGUCAACUCCUCUGUAAAUUUGGCUGCCGCUCGUGCUGUUCACUCUGCACGCGUUAUCUUAGUUGGAAAGUAAAUGUGUUCACUAUCUUAAAAGCAAAAACAAAAAAAAAAAAACAAAAAAGAAAAAACAAUCAAAAAAAAUUCAAAAUGAAUAAAUUGAAGAGGU